UCAUGAGGAAACAAAUUAAAAAAACAACAUUAUAAUAACAUUGCUAUUUUUUCAUUUGGCAUAAAUUCAUGCCAUUCUACUCUCGAAAACGCAAUGAACAAAGUUCACAGACAAAUAUGGAUCCCUGCAAAAUAUUUAAACUUACCCAAGAGACUUAUUAAUUAUGUACAGGGUCAAGAACCUGAACCUAAAAUAAGAGAAUACUUUUACUUUAUUGAUCAUCAAGGAAUGUUGUUUUUAGAUGAUUCAAAAAUGAAAAACUUUACCUCAUGUUUUAAAGAAAAGAAGUUUUUGGAGUUUUUUUUCAAAAGAAUAAGAUUAAAUAAAACUGGAAGGUAUCAUGAAGAUUUUCCUUAUAUAUCUUUAUGUGGAAGAGAAAGAAAUUAUAUAAGAUGUGAUGAUGUUCCUAUUGUGUACACACACAUUAUAUCUAAGGGAAACCCUGAAGUUGAUUUUAUGACAUUUGGAUAUGCAGGCGAAUUGCUUCUAACCCAGUUUCAACCAGAAAAAGUUUACAUGCUACCAAAAACUGGUCGGGUUUACCAUCCUGCUGAAGAUAAAUAUGGUGGCAUAGGACUGGUCAGAUCUAAACUCUCUAUUGAAAUUAGCAAAAACUUCACUUUUGAAAAUGGAGAAACACAACCUCCAACACAUUUUAAUUGGAAAACAAAACAAUACCAACUUGAUCAGCUGUGGUUCCCAGAGACAGUUUGCAAGCACAAUAUUAAUAUUAAAUCAGUCCCUGAUACAUGAUACUACUCUUGUUGAUUGCCAGGAAAAAAGUUUAAUGAAUCAGAAUGUAGCUUAAAUGUAAAACAUUAUUCUGCAAAACUAUUUGUUGUGUCUAAUACUUGUUAUUAAAGAUAAAUAUUAUUAACAUUAAAAAAAAUACUCUUGUAACUAUGUAUUUAUUGUUAUCAG